AUGUCGGCGCCGCUUGGGGAAAUAAUAGACGACAUUGAGGACUUGAUAACCUCCCAAGAUAUAACCCCUAAAGAGCGAUACAGUUCUAGGAAAAAGGUGACAAUUAGGUCAAAGAACAAAAAAAAUAACCCAGAUGAAAACUGUGAUCAAGAAGUGCCUGAAGUUUCUGUGCUGUCAAGUAUAAUUCCCGGGUGCCAGACCAUUUACUUAAAAACAUGGGGCUGCACUCACAACAGCUCCGACACCGAGUACAUGGCUGGACAGCUUGCUGCCUACGGGUACAAGUUGACCGAAGAGAAGGAAAAGGCUGAUUUGUGGUUGCUUAAUUCUUGCACGGUUAAAGCUCCAGCGGAAGAUCAUUUUAGGAAUGAAAUAGAAGCUGGACAGAAAUCAGGAAAACAUGUCGUCGUCGCUGGUUGCGUGCCACAAGGAGCACCAAAGACAGGUUUCCUAAAAGGCCUGAGCGUGAUAGGGGUCCAGCAAAUCGACCGCGUUGUCGAAGUAGUAGAAGAAACCCUAAAAGGUAACACCGUGAGAUUUUUAGGUCAAAAGAAAGAAGCUGGUAAAAAAAUCGGUGGUGCUUCAUUGGCUCUCCCCAAGGUAAGAAGGAAUCCGCUGAUAGAAAUAAUAGCAAUCAGCACCGGGUGUCUCAACCAGUGCACCUACUGUAAAACAAAGCACGCCAGAGGCCAGCUGGGAAGUUAUCCCCCCGAAGAAAUAGUCCAGCGCGCAAAGCAAGCCUUCGAGGAAGGUGUCGUCGAGUUGUGGCUGACUUCCGAAGACACUGGGGCCUACGGCAGAGACAUUGGCACCAAUUUGCCGGAGUUGCUGUGGAAGAUCAUAGAAAUAAUUCCCGAGAACUGUAUGAUGCGCGUUGGUAUGACCAACCCGCCGUAUAUUCUCGAGCACCUGGAACAAAUCAGCAAGAUUUUGACCAACCCGAGGGUCUAUAGUUUCCUUCACGUUCCUGUCCAGUCUGGUAGUGACCAGGUGCUCGUGGACAUGAAGAGAGAGUACUCCAGGGCGGAGUUCCAGCAGGUCGUUGACUUUUUGAAGGAAAAAGUCCCGGGAGUCACUAUUGUCACGGACAUUAUCUGCGGGUUCCCGACAGAAACUGACCAGGACUUUGAAGAAACAAUGAGUCUUUGUCGGGAAAAUAAAUUUCCUAGCCUAUUCAUCAACCAGUUCUUCCCCCGACCGGGAACUCCUGCUGCUAAAAUGCCCAAAGUUCCGACUCAGCUGGUAAAGAAGAGGACCAAGCAACUCUCGGAGUUCUUCCAGUCCUACGAACCCUACGGCCAUAAAGUCGGAGAAAUUCAGAGGGUACUAGUUACGGAAAUUUCGCACGACAAAAAACACUUUGUGGGGCAUAAUAAAUUUUAUGAACAAGUUCUGCUGCCCAUGAAAGAUGAGAUCAUGGGAAAAAUGGUCACUGUGCAAAUUCUUGAAGCUACUAAGCACUCUAUGAAGGCAAAACUUGUUGAUGAAUUAAGUCAAUUUAGUAAUUGUGGAGAAAAAAAAUUUGGGGAUUUAGCGACAGAUAUUUAUCCGUCAAUCUAUCGCAAUUGUGCGAUAAUUGUUAUUUUAUUUGCGGUGCUAGCAAGGGUCUUGUGGAGAUUUUUCAUUAUUUGAGAGUG